AUGUUUCAGACGAUGUGCGAGACCAACGACUCCCUCCCCCCCACCAACGUGGGCUCCCGUGUCUGGCCCCCCGCCGACGGCACCUCAGGCACGAAUCCCGAGGACUUUGACGAAAUCUGGGACGAUAGCGAGCUCCUUGCCCACUACAAACAGGUGGAGAUGCAAGUCAAGGCUCAAGUGGAGGCCUUCCGCGCUGGUCAAGCGGGUCUUCCUCCCGUUCCCGCCGAAUCUGCCGUCAACGCUCCCAAUCCCUCGUCCUCGUCCAAUCGGAAGAAACGAAGACACAAUAAAAACAAGCAGAAGGCCAAAGCGGGGGUGCCUUCAUCGCCCUCGGUUGCUGGCGGUGUUCCCCAAUGCUCUCGUUGUCCUCUCGGGGUCGACCUGAACCACUGGUCCACGUCGCCUUGUCAAUCUCCUUCCGAGGAUCCAGCUUCGCUCCUGGCUCAGACUGCCACUGCGGUCGCCCCUGAAUCUACAGCCGUCCCCAACACCUCCACGGAGCCAGCCGACAUCGCUCCGGUGUACUCCUGGCUUCUUCCUAGCGUGGACGUGCCUCCUGAAUUUCUUCCGCCGUUCUCAGGGGGACAGUGCUGCAGGUACGUUUGUUCUGAAAACAAACUCAACGCCUAUUGCGGAGUUAUCUGCUGUGUCGCUAUCCACACCUGCAAUCCACAUUCACCAAACCGUUCAAAUAUCAUCUUUUUGUAUCACGCUAAUCCCAGCUCUCGUUGUUUCGACUUUCGUAGCUGUAGCCACCAUCAUUUCCUUCUCCCGCCGUCGGCGUCUGAAGCGACGGCAGCGACGACAACCACGCCCUCGUCACAACCCAUUGCUCCAUCGUCAUCGUCGUCGUCUUCUCAACUUCAGUCCACCACCAACAACCUCGUCUCCUCUUUGCCCUUAACAACCGCCAAUGGAGAAAUCGAUACGGCGGCUCUCCUACGUGCCUGGUACGAGGCGGGGUACGCGAUGGGGCAGGCGCAUGCUGAACAAGUCAGUCGUAUACCUUUAUCUCCUUGUUGUUUUGAUCGCAGAUGCGACAGGCGUGUGCAAGAGGUGGAUUAG